AUGCGACUCCAUCCAUACCUCCUUCCCUCAUCCUCUCCAGCGCCCGGUAACGUCCUCCCUUUGGAAGUCACCAUCGACCUCUCCACCACAACCACCGUCUCCGAUCUCGCAUCCCUCAUCGAAAAAUCCCUGAUCCCCGUCACGAAUGAAUCACCCUUCGUCACACCCACCAACUCCCGCCCAAACAGCUCCCCCUCGUUAUCGCAGGAUGUGAAGGAUAUCCCAAGAUUGGGUGCUUUGUUUGGGCAUGAUAGGGAUGAGAGGGUACGGCUAAGGUGGAAUGAGGCGUUGGGAGCGUGUUUGUCGGAUGGGGAUAAGAUUGGGAUCUAUAUUGCGAAAGAAGAAACGGAGAAGGUGUCGCUUUUAUCACCGACAAUCGCGAAACACCUCGCGCGAAAUCACCUACUCCCCGAAUUGCUGUUACUGCUCGAACACGCACAAAACGUACCCGCAGACGAGCUGGAAAAGGUCUACUUCGAUGAAUACGCACCUGUCAAAGUCAACAUCCGAAGAUCCCGAACGGACCUCGGCUCAUUCUCAUCUUCAACCGAUAUCAACUCCUUCGUGCACUCAAUACGCGAAGGCCCCGUCGUCUGGGCAAUCUUCCAACUCUCCCCCUCCGAACUCGAAUCCACCACCACCUCCUCCAUCACCCCUUCGUCCUCAGAACCUGUCCUCGUGGGCGACAUUCUGAGCCGCGAAGACUACCUUGACGCCACCAUCCGCACCGCAAUCAUCCGCACAAAACUCCACACCUACUAUGACUCCUCCCUCGCCGAAGAACUCAUCGAGCUCUACGCACGGGGACGGACACGAACGGGGACGGAGAGGGAGACGAGGGUGAGGUUGUUGUCGGUGCUUGGGUUACCGUUGGAUAAAGAGGAGGCGGAUUCGUUGUUGGAGUAUGAGGAGCGGAUGCAGGAUAUUAGGAUUGCAGUUGAGAUCGCGAGUAGUGAGUCGGAGUCUACGCGGAGCUCGGCUGAGGAGGUUGAUAGACCUGGUGUUACACAUGGACACCAUCAGCGUCGUGCGACGAAGAUCUACCUCCCCCGUCGUCAACUCCCCAAACUGCAAGCACUGCUCGGUGAAACUCUGGCGGAGAGCAACCCCAUGGGAAAACGCCUCUCGUCACGCGAACGCUCCCGUCUCCGUCGCUCACAAUCGAAACUCCGCGCGGUAUUCGGGGAGACACUCAGUGAGGACCUCAUCCACCGCGCACUCGUCGAACCCGCUAUGCGGUCCCGUGGACGGAGUGGAUCGCCUUCAUACCGUGUGCCUCUCGACUCACACUCUGAAGACAGUGAAGAGGGAAUCACCGAUGAUGAGGCGGAUGAGGAUGAGUUGGCGGAGGAGAGGGCGGAGCGAUUGGGGAGGAUGAGGAGGGCGAAGAAGAUGAAUGAUUUCUUUGGGGUGGGUGAUGGGGGUGCGGGGGUACGGGUUCGUAGUUCGAGUAUGCCGCCCGUGAUGGGGUAUCCUGGGCGUGUGACUCUAUCACCGCACCCCGGUGUCAGUGGAGGACGACACGUUGCCCGAGGAGCAGGAAGUGUAAGGUUGAUCGGCGUGCACUAUAAAGCUGAAUCCCGCGAAGCCCUCAUCCCCCGCUCCUCAACCUCAACCCAAGACUCCUCUAUCAACAACUCCAAUUCCUCCGCUAACGAAGCCCCCCGCCUGUCCGGGAUGAACUUCACCGACGCCGGCCGUCUCCUUGAUUCAUCCCGUGAUGGACCGAGUAUGGGAGAUGAAGAGCGAAGGGCGAAGAAACUGGAGAGGAUAUUUGGGAAGGCGCCGUAUGGGGCGAGUGGGAGUAGCGGGACACCGCCGAGGGUUGUUAGAGCGAGGGAUAGUUUGGGGUUGGAGGUUGAGGGGGAGAGUGGGAGUACGAGGAAUAGUGUGCAUGAGAGUAUUGAGGAGGAGGAGGAGGAGGAGCACGAGGAGGGUGUUCAGAAGCGGAGUACCGGGAUCAGGGGUUUGGGAUUGGUGAUACCGACGAAUGUAUGA